CAACAUCUAAAGCAAAGUGUCAAAAAUAAAUGCGACAACACCAAUUCGCCUCACCAGUUAAAGCCGUUAGACGGUGUCGCCACUAUAUGUCGUUCAUUGAAUCAAAAUUCGAAUUGAGUAUGACAACGAUCAAACAAAUGCCAUCAAAUAGCACACAACACAAGUGAAGCCUAGUGAAAAAAUACGCAAAAAGUAUAUUAUGAUUACAGUUCAGCCGUUUGAAUAAAUUUUGUUGAAUUUAAAUUCACCGGUUUAUGUGCAAGUGUUUAUCAUUUUGGAUAAGAAAUAAUUAACAAAAUGGCAUUUGAGGAUACACGACCACGAAAUCCAGAGCAUGCCCGAUUGAUUGAACAAAUGUACGAUCCGGAGCGUUUGCGAAGGGAAGUGGCAGAAGAAAAUUCCAAUGGUCUAGAUUCGGAGCAAAGCAUCGAUGAUCAUUUGGAUAACACAGACGAGUUCCGAUAUUGGGCGCGCAAAAAGCUUAAGGGCACCAAUCUGGAUCCAGAAAACCGAAAGCCAAUGCAGAUUUCGGACAGUCCAUUAUCUGACUACAACAUUGAAUUCACACGUUUGAAUAGAACCAUGGAUUCGAUAACACCAUCGUCUCUGUCGAGUCUGCAUAUUCCGCAAGCAUCGAGCGAAUCGCUGUCGUUUAACAUGUGUACGCCAAUAGGAAAUGCAAGGAAAAGUCGCCGAACCAUGAGUCGAAUGAGUGGAAAUUAUACACCGAAAUUGAUUUUGCGUGAAAAACAGCAAGCAAGAGUUGAUCGACGGAUAACCAAGGGACGGAUGACAGAGGAUUUUUCGCAACUUUUCAUGCCGAAACAAUGCAGCACACCACGGUCAGAGCGCAAGCGAAAUUCAUUCUUAUCUCGGCCGGAAACCGACGACAAAGAGGAAAGGGAGUCGGUUGUUAGCUUAUCGAAUGGAGAUGCACACGAUAGUGAUGACAAUCAAUCCGAUCGAACGCUAACAAAUGAGAAUAAAGCUGCUGAAGGAGUUUCCACAUCCGUGAUACCCGAAACACAGCCCCACGACACCAUAAUUCCUGAGACACAGGACCUACCCGAAACAGAAGAUUUCAUUCCAGAAACUCAAGAAAAUGAUAUGCCAGCUACACAAGACGAUGUAGCUAAUAGUCCAGUGCAAGCACAGGUGACACAACCGAAUACCGAGCAGCAGGCUGAGCCUCGAGCAAAUUUAUCAAAUAUUUCGGAUAUAAAUACACGAAGAAUUCAACCGCGACCACCAAUUCGAGGUCAAUCAAAGAUUGUAACACCAUCGAAAUUUGUUCCAUCAACUACACCGAUUGCCAAACCAAUUCCGAAGACGCCAUCGCGUUUGCCGCUCCCAAUAUCACGAACGCCAAAACCGAUUCGAACAAUAGCACUCACUCCUCUCACACCGAUUGUGGUUGAAGGGAUACCGAGGCCGCAUGUUGAUGAAGUGACAUCAUCGAACGCUCAGAAUGCUGAAGACCGAAUCGUCAUACUUCGUACGCCGCACUCAAUUCGAUCAAAUCAGCCCGCUGCAGAGCCACCGACAGUAAUUCCAGCUCCAGCACAGAAUAUCACUGUCAAUGUGAAUGUAAGCAAUUCGCAGCCUCAGUCACCGCACCAAGCAACACAAACGACUCGCACACACGAUCAACACAUCGAAAAUGCAACAAAUGGUGGAGAUUCUGGUGGUGACCGACGGAAUAAUAGCACCAAUGACAGCCUCAUGACUGAUGACAGUGAUUCGAAUGGCAAUGACGCAAAUUUGUCUGGUAGUCGAAACGAAACGCCCAGAGGCGAUAGCAGCAAUAUUUCGGCACGUCGAAGACUAUUCACAAAAGAUGAUGCUGAUCAGACUCGACGCAGUGCGACAUUCAACAAAGUUGACAACUUGACGCAAACAAUCGAUAAAAACAUGACGCGAACAAUCCCGGGAGAAUCGACCCAUUCACCGUCCGCAAAUGGCAAUCAAUUUCGAACUCGUUCAAAAAAUUCCAUUCCACAUUCAACCGCGAAAAGUCCAAGUGCUAUUGCAUCAAAUUCACAAACAUUUGCCAAACCAAAAACAUCAUUACAAAACGCAACCUAUGAUGUUCCAGCGGGAAAUCGGCCAAUUCGGUUCUCAGUGGAUAAUCGACAAUCGACUGUAGGAAUUAACAGUGAAGAAUUUCUCAACUCGCUAACAUCGCCGCAGAGAACGUACAAUAAAAAUGGGAGUACAUUCAGUAGUAUGGCCGAAUUGCCGUCAGAUGCAAUUCUUGGUUCGAUUGAUGUAUCGGAUGAUGCAAUGAAUGUGGAUGAAGCGAACGAAGCGGAUGCCAUUGAAGAUUUAAGCAAAAAUGAUGAACAACCACCUUGCAGCAGUAGUAAACUGAAUAAGAAGCAAAUUUCGCAGAAAAUCGAUCUCAAUUCACCGUCAUGGAAUCCAUUGGUGAUGGUAAAUCGCAUUCCUGAUCAAACAAAAUCAAUUCCAAAAGCCAUUGCAAACGUAUCAAAUAUACGCAUAAGCCAAUUAUACCCCUUACCGCCGCCAGACGAAUUUCAAGAUAGUGAAUUGGUAAUGGAAAGAUCGCCGGGCGCACAAAAAAUAAUCCGAGAACGAAUAUCGAACUUGCAACAAACCCUGCACGAACAACAAAAUGAGUCAUUGCCGAAAAAUGGACGUAUGCGCCGUGCAUCAAAAAAGAGUGUUCCACUUGAUGAAAAUUUGGUUGUUGUAGACAAAAAUCUCAAGAAAAUUGUUGAGAAAAAAAGUAUGGCACCGUCAGAAAAGCCAAAACCGCGUCGACUUCGAUCAAUGUUGGAGAUCCAUGAAAAAGAUGACGAUGAUUCGGCAUUCAAAAAACCAGAUGCGCCAGCUCCACGAAAAUCAAAAGCAACCACGGCCAAUGAAUCAAAUUCAACUAAUAAAUCUGUGCCAACAAUGGAAGAAUCACAAGAUCAGGAAGAACUGGUUGAUGUUCAACCACUGGAUGACGAUGACGAAUUUGAUACAGACAAUCAUGUCAUCCAAGACAAUGAACCGAGUACAUCGAAUCAAACAGUGCAAAGAGACCCAACACCACCACCACCGCGAACAUCAUCGAAACGUAAGAAGAACGCUCAAUCGAAAAGUCAAUCCAAAUCUAAAACCAAAACCAAAGAACCAGUGGCUACUACAGAAGAGGUGGAAGAUAGCCCAUUAAACGACGUCACAUCAAACGAAAUCGGCACAAGACGAUCACGACGUAAUCGAAGCGAAAAUGCUGAUAUCAUGAUGCGUCGAGCUGCUUUUGCCGCGUCGCUACCUUCUAAAGCCGAAAAGCGAACGUCAAAAUCAGUUCAUGCUGUGCAUCGCACAGAGCCUGUAAUUCCGAAUCGAAAUGAUCCCGAGAGUGAACCGCCACGAAAGAAACAACGCGCACAAUCCGAAAUCGGGCACAAAAUUACACGGCCACCGUCUUCUUCAAGCAAAUCGGUUCGAUCAAUGAAAAUUGACGUGAACACGAGCAAAUUGGACAGAACAACGGGACAACAUACGGAGGCGGAUGGCAAUCGUAAUAAUAUUGCGACGUUUACACAAGAGCUCGAUGAACACAUAAAGAAAAAAUCACAACAAAAACUGCGAUGGUGGCGAGAGCUACUCGAUAUUGCCGAAAAGGGUCCAAUCGUGCAUAAUGAUGCAGAAGUCGAUGUUGAGUACAUAAGAACAAAAUAUGGACAACUGGAAAUUUCAUCAACGGAUAAAAUUGGAUAUACGGAAGUGGAUGGUGUUGACUAUGGUUUUGUGCCGGCACGUAUAAGACGUGUUGGUAUGAUGCGAUUCAAACCGAAAUCGGCAAAGGCUGAAGGACUCACCUCAGUCGAACUGGAAUUGCACAUUUUGCGCGGUCAAUUCAGAGUACAAUCUAACAACGAGGAGAUAGAUGCACACGCUGGCUCAGAUAUAACUAUUCCGAAAGAUGCUACGUAUGGAUUGAACAAUUAUAGUGAUGAUGUUGGAAUCAUACAAUUCACAUAUGCAACGGACAUGUGAUGAAAACUCAGUUAACUGAGUAUCACAUGAACAAGAGCAGUUGAAAAAAGAAAUGUUAUGGAAUGUUCAAAAGAAAUCGUUCUUUUCGCAUUAAUAAAUACUCUACCUUUAAGUUGAAUUUAAUAGCAUUUAGCAUAAUUUAAAAUCAGGCCAUUAACAAAAAGAAAUGUAAACGCAUUCGCAACACACAAAAAAAGAAGAUUGGUCUACAAUAGACGUGUAAGAGUUUUUGCAUGGCCUUUUUUUCGCCAUGAAUUCAGCCUUUGAAAUAAAAGAAAGUUAUUAGAUUUGGUAA